GGAACAAGCGUGGCACCUCAUGUACAGAGACUUCGAGGAAGACCCUUACUUGGGUGGCAAGGGCAAGUGCGUCAAGGGUACUCAGACGGGAGAGUAUGUCGGCGACUCGACCUUAGUGGUAUUUGAGUAUCCGCCGGACGGAGUCAUAAACACAACAUUCAAGUUGAUGUCGUCGCCUGGCUACACGGGGAAAAAUGUCCUCAACGUGCAGCCCGUUGACAAACCCGGAUCCAGCGUAAAUCUGACAAUAUCCUUUCGGGACUGCCACUCGUGUAAGGUGAUUCGUCACAGCUAUAUUAAUGAGGGCAGAGGAUGCAGUUUAUGGGUGACCGAAGCUGAUCUUGGCAAUCCUCACCCGUGCUGCGAGUUUGCCUUCGAGCUGUUGUGCGGAUUUAAUCCCACCUACCAGAUCUACGAUGAGAGCUGCGUCUAAGCAGUGAUCGCAUCGAUGCGGUGUAAAAGAAAUUACUGCACGAAAUAAAACCUUCCGGCGGAAGCCAACGGCAGCAAUACUGAACUCAAAAAACUUCGCCUUUAUGGAAC